AAAAAGCAUCUUCCCCCAUAUGCACCGGAGAUUGAAGAAUUGACGAAAACAAAAAUGGAAGCUGACGUGGGAGAGGUGCAGAGUGAAAGUCGAGAACAUGACAAACAAGUAAAUCCCUCACUCUCACUCCCAUAGAUUUUCCAACUAAAACCACCUUCAAACCCUUUUCUCACACUGUUUUGCCUUUGUGUAGCCCCUCUUCUCUUUCUCAGCCUUCAUUACUUGUUAUUGUAGAAGUCAAUUACCUUCCCAAUUCUAAAAUGGAGAUUAAAAGUCUGUCCCACAACAGCAUUUUUUGUUCACUGCUUGAAUCUUCGUUACUGGAAACUACUCUGCUUGCUCACAAAUCUCUUCUUUGGCUUCUAUUUCUGAUUGGAUCUACUAAGCCUGAUGAUAUGCCCAUUUCUUUUGAUCAAAGAUUUUCUUUGGCUGACCUAAUUAAAAUGCAAGAGACCGUUUCUGAGAACAAAGAUGCUGGUGACAAUGACAAUGAAGAUGAUGACGAUGGUGAUAAAACAGAUGAUGAAGAUGAUGAAGCCGAGUCAGAAGAAGACAGUGAUGAUAAUGAGGAUGAUUCCGAUGAUGAUGUCGAAGCUCACGGUUAUGAAGAAAGUGACGAUGAUGAUGAAGACGAUGACAAUGAUGAAGAUGAUGAUGACGAAGAGGAUGACGAUGAUGACAAUGACAGCGAUGAGGAUGAGCAGGAGCAACCACCACCUAAGAAGAAGAAGUGAAAGAAAUUUGGUGUUAACUUUAUUUGUUAAGCUGGGUCAAGACCUUUUGGGGCAUGAGGAGGAGUCCAAUUAUCCAAGUAAUUCUUUAUCCCCCUAAUUGGUAGGGAGUCAAGUAUUUAUAUUUGUGGAAAGAUCAAUUCAUUCUAGCAAAUAUUAAACUAUUUAUUUCAUUUGCUGUACUUCCAUUUGUGUUAUGUAGCUCUUCAAUCCUACAUUGAAAGUUGAAUUAUGUGAAAAAA